AUGCUGCAAGUAUUCUUUACCAGGGUAAAAACUGUAAGAGCACCGAAAGGUGAUGCUCGCUUCGACGCCAAGUCCUCAAUGGGUGUUGAAUCAUCUGAUGUUACAUCGUAUUCCAAUGAGAAAGAACGGCUCACUAGUUGCCGCGGCCAAGCAACUCAUGUACCCAAGGUAGCUAAGAAAUCAAUGACUGAUCCAGGAGUAAGAGCCCCAUUUCCUGACUCGAGUAAUGCAGAAUAUUUAAACGACCCUGGUGCUGACGAACAUUACGAUGUGGCAUCACGCGCCGAACAGAGGGAACGUCGAAAGACAGAAAUGAGUCGUUUGAGACGAACAAUUUUUGUUGGCAAUCUACCUGCCUGGAUGACCAAGAGGUCUCUUCACAAACUUUUCCGCAGUGUUCUCAAAAACGCUAACAUCAAUCCAGAAUGCUGUAGAGUCGAAUCAGUUCGUCUUCGUGGAGCCGUGACCGCCACUGGUAGCACCAGUAAACAGGCGAAAAAACGUUCUUCUAUCCAGCACGAAUUUGCUGCUGGAGACAGACACACGCAAAUUGGGUUCGUUGUUCUUACUUCCACUGAGGGAAUUUCAGCAGCUUUAAAGUUGAAUGGCUUUUUCCUCACCAAUGGCAGUGCCGAUACGGGUCGCCACAUUCGUGUUGAUACCUGUGGUCGAUCAAACCUCUUCCACAACACCCACAAGACUAUCUUCGUUGGCAAUCUUCCUUUUUCUACAAAUGAAGAGGAGGUGCGUCAAGUGUUUCAGUCCUUUGGAAAGAUCCUAAACGUUCGACUGAUUCGUGACUCGGCCACAGGUGCGGUGAAGGGCAUUGGUUUUGUGGAGUUCAAGGACCCUAGCUCGAUCUCACUUGUCAUCCGAAAGGCUAAAAUGAGUUACUCCGGAAAUAACAGUGACUCAACUGAGUCAUCGGGUUUCGUGAUUGGUGGACGUCAGUUGCGCAUUGAAGUCUGGAAGUCUAUCAAAAAAGCCAAGAAGGCUACUCCACAACGAGGAAACAAACUUGGGAGUAACCAGACGCAGAAACCUGGUGCCAGCAGAAACAGUCUUAGAGUUCCAACCAACUUGCGGGGGACUGCGGCACGGAAGCAGUUUAUGAAACGCGCCUGGCAUAAGCGAAGUAAACGAAAGCGGAUUAGUGUUGCCGCAGGUGGUAAGGCGGUUGUAAAGGUGGCCAAAACAGACAAAUUCGCUCCAUAUGAUGGUCGGGAGGUGAAGAGUGAGAAGUCAGACUCAAGGAAAUGA